AUGUCAAAUCGGUAUCGCGGUCGUAUCGAUGCAUUUGUAACGUUGCACACUUAUUCACAGAUUUGGAUUCAUCCAUACGGGCAUCGCAAGGAUACCUAUCCUGGUGAUGUGCAAGAUUUGGUACAAUUUAAUUCUCAAUAUACGUAUCAUUUAUUGGAUUCACAUAGAAAUUUAUUCGUUUUUAAGGGAAAUAACAGCUACUUGUUGAAUUUGGAAUAUUUGUUGGAAAAAUUGAAGGAUAUUAAGACCACCCGGGCAAACAUUGUGAGUUUCUCACACUACUGA